AUGGGUCAGACACUCUCCGAGCCCGUCGUCGACAAGAAAUCUGAAAAUGGCGAGGGCGAGUCACUCAUCUACGGUGUCUCCUCGAUGCAGGGCUGGCGCAUCAGCAUGGAGGACGCACAUGCCACCGUAUUAGACUUCAAUGCCGACGACACCAAGGGCACGCCCACCGACAAGCGACUGGCCUUCUUCGGUGUGUAUGACGGACACGGUGGCGACAAGGUGGCGUUGUAUGCUGGCGAGCAGCUGCACAAGAUUGUCGCAAAGCAAGAAGCAUUCAAACAAGGAGACAUCAAAAAGGCUCUGCAAGAUGGCUUCCUAGCAACAGAUCGCGAGAUUCUGUGUGACCCCAAGUACGAAGAAGAAGUGUCUGGUUGCACGGCAUCAGUCGGCGUCCUGACAAAAGACAAAAUCUACGUAGCCAAUGCAGGUGACUCGCGCACUGUUCUAGGAGUCAAGGGCAGGGCAAAGCCCCUUUCAUUCGACCACAAGCCGCAGAACGAGGCCGAGAAAGCACGUAUUCAAGCCGCAGGUGGCUUUGUCGACUUUGGCCGCGUCAACGGUAAUCUUGCUUUGUCUCGCGCAAUAGGCGAUUUCGAAUUCAAGAAGAGCGCCGAUCUUCCCCCAGAACAGCAAAUAGUCACCGCUUAUCCCGACGUCGAGAUACACGAUAUCAACCAGGAUGACGAGUUCCUGAUUGUGGCUUGUGAUGGUAUCUGGGACUGCCAGUCUUCUCAAGCCGUUGUCGAGUUUGUUAGGCGCGGAAUUGUCGCAAAGCAGGAUCUCGCAUCCAUUUGCGAGAACAUGAUGGACAACUGCUUGGCCUCGAACAGCGACACUGGAGGUGUUGGCUGCGACAACAUGACGAUGAUUAUUGUUGGUCUCCUGCAGGGAAGGACAAAGGAGCAGUGGUACGAGGACAUCGCAAAGCGGGUUGCGAAUGGAGAGGGUCCAUCCGAGUUCCGCGGUCCCGGUGUUCACCAUCGCAUUGACGAUUCUCCUGAUGAUAUCGAUAUGGAUCUCGACAGCCGCUUCCGGCCGAACAACGGCAAUGGUGGCCGCAUCAUUCUCCUCGGUGAUGGCACAGAAGUCUCUACCGGAGACAAUGAGCACGAGAUGUUUGACAACGAGGAUGAGGACAAGGAUCUUGACUCGCAAGUCAACAAAUACAACCAGGAGGCCGACAACAAGUCGCGUCAGGACCGCCAGGGCACCCCCGGCCCCCAGCAUGAGAGCAAAGUUCAAGUAACCGAGUCACCAUCCUCUGUAAAGACUGAACAGUCUGAUGCUCCCGAGCCUCAAUCAAAAGAGGCUCAAGCCAAGAAGACAAGCGAGAAGUAG